AUGGCCGCACCAUUCCUAGCGUGGGGGGUGGCGGUGUCCGUCAUCUACGGCAUCACAAUCGACCGCCUCAGCAAAGUCAGCAGCCCUUUCCGCAUGCUCAACAUGAUCAACUUCCUCGUCUUCCGGAUAACCCGGGGAGUGGUGUUUACCCUGGAGUUGGUGCUGGCAGAGGGGGCAGAGGCCAAGGAAGCUGCCCGGUACAACCUGCAAGUGCGCCACGAGGACUUUAUAGCGGACUACUAUACAUUCCUGUACGGCACCCGGUCCCUGGAGAACCUCGAGCUGACCCUCCACUCUGCAAACCCCCUGGGUGUGGACAAGCCCGCCCUGUUUGAGGACCAGGGGCUGGCAGACGUGUUCUACAGGUGA